AUGGACGUUCCCCUGGCACUCCCUUUUGCCACCCUCGUCGUGGUCCUUCUGCUCUCCUCCGGCCCCAUCGCGGCCGAGGUGGAUGGCACAGCUGUGCUUGGAGAGGCGGUCCUGACACUUGACGCAGGCAACUUCUCGGAGGUGGUGGCCAAGCACGAGUUCAUAGUCGUCGAGUUCUACGCGCCAUGGUGUGGCCACUGCAAGGAGCUCGCUCCAGAGUACGAGAAAGCAGCCUCCAUGCUGAGGAAGCGCGACCCUCCAGUGGUGCUCGCGAAGGUGGAUGCGUACGACGAGAGCAACAAGGAGCUCAAGGACAAGUACAAGGUACAUGGGUAUCCGGCCAUCAAGAUCAUCAGAAAAGGAGGGAGCGACGUGAGCGCCUAUGGUGGCCCGAGGGACGUGGAGGGUAUCGUGGAGUACCUCACGAGGCAGGUCGGCCCGGCAUCUCUCGAGAUCAGGUCUGCAGUGGAUGCCUCACGCUCCAUCGGCGACAAAGGGGUGGUCCUUGUGGGUGUAUUCCCUGAGUUUGCUGGUAUUGAGUAUGAGAAUUUUAUGGCCGUGGCAAACAAGAUGCGAACAGACUAUGAUUUCUUUCACACAUCGGAUGCGAGCAUUCUGCCACGUGGUGAUCUGACCGUCAAGGGCCCCCUUCUUCGACUCUUUAAGCCAUUCGAUGAGCUGUUUGUCGAUUCACAAGAUUUUGAUGACGAUGCAAUCAAGAAGUUUAUUGAGGUGUCUGGUUUCCCUACUGUAGUUACCUUCGACGCAGACCCGACCAACCAUAAGUUUAUUGAAAGAUACUACAGCACGCCUAGUGCCAAAACAGGCAAUGCUUUUCUUGCGCUUCAGUGA